AUGCUUAAAUCAUUAAAAUCCAGAAGACUAAUCUUAAAACGAUUAGUAACACUGCUGCUCUCUUUAUUCUUUUCUUAUCUCAUUUUCUCUGCCAGUCGGAAUGUUACAUCAUCCAAUAAAUUAAACAACCAUGCAAGCGAGAGGACAGCUGUUGAAUCAUCUGCAUUCAAUUGGAUUGAAAAACGACAACACCAAGUGAGAUCCGAAAACUUAAUGAACAGAUUAUCUGCCUACUUUUUGCCCUUUUUGAGUAGAAGUUCUCACAAAGAACGUGUAUUGUUGAGGCAAUUAGGAAAUAAUGAAAUAGCGAAGAGUGACAAGUGCCGUUACAUUUUUGAAGUACUAUACAAGAUUGAUCCCGACUGGGACAAUGCGCAAACUGCAAAAUUUUAUAAUGUUGAUGGUGUAGAUAACACGUUGGCCUCAUUGUUAGGGGAAAGAUUAAGAUCUUAUGAUUAUUGCUUUUUAUCUGGUCAAUUAGAUCCUACUGCAAUAUUUGCAAAUUCAACCGUAAAUCCUCAUGAUUUGCAAAACAGAAUGUUUCCAUUUCUGAAGAAAAUUAACGAGGAAUCCAAAACUGUAAUGUGGCCUAUUAUCACAGACAUGACAACUGGAGAGGCAGUUCCGGCACCCGAGGUUGAUAUGGAAUCAUCAAACUUUAAUGGUAACUUUUGGUCCAACUGGAAUAGGUUGAGCAAAGGAAGAGGUUUUGUUUUAACUAUUGCUGAAAAGGAUGUUCCUUUAUUUUUGAAACAGUUGAAAGUGAUGGAAUUUUCAAAAAACGAAUUACCAUUCCAAAUAGUAUCCACGGGAAAUGAACUAUCAGCAGAGUCUAUUGCUAAAAUUUCUGAGACCGCUAAAGAAACGGAACAAAGGGUCUACUUAGUAGACUGCUCGACAGUGCUUGACACUAAUUUUGCUAAUACAUACAUUUCUUUUUUUCAGAAUAAAUGGGUCGCCACUUUGUUCAACACAUUUGAAGAAUACAUUUUGUUGGAUGCAGACGUAGUACCGUUUGUAGGGUCUGAUUACUUUUUCGACUCUCCUUCUUACAGGGAGAGCGGGAUACUUUUGUUCAAGGAUAGGGUUAUGGAAAACGAGCAAACUUUCCAAUACUGCAUCGAAAUGUUAAAUGAAGUGGAACCCUCUGCACAAGAACGCAGAUUUAUUGGAAGUAGGUUAGUUUUUGAUUCGUCAUUACCGUUUUCUUCCGAAACCUCAGAAGAAGCAUCUGUGUAUUACAAUUUUUUCAAAAAAUUACGACUCCAUCAUGUUGAUAGUGGUUUGGUUGUAGUCAAUAAACUUGAGAAAUUAAAUGGAUUGUUGAUGUCUUUUAUGUUAAAUUUGGAUGGAAAAUUGCAGAGGUGUGUGUAUGGUGACAAGGAAAUAUUCUGGUUGGGGCAAUUAUAUGCUGGCCAGGAUUAUUCUAUCAAUCCCGUUGAUGGCAGUAUUAUUGGACCUGUUAAUGAAGAGCCUGAAAAUGAUGACGGACAUAAAAGCGGGAUGUACUACAUUUGUUCUACGCAGAUUGCACACAGUGACUCCAAAAAUCGAUUACUAUGGGUAAACGGUGGACUGAAGACUUGUAAAAUUUCGAACAGUGCUGAAGAUGACUUUGGAAGAGAGCCAGAGUAUUUUAAGAGUAGAUAUGGGGACAUUUCAAAAUUAAAAAGGAUAUAUGAUGCUUCGUUGAACGUAGAGGGACUAAUCGUUCCUGACGUUUCUGUUCAUCCAUGGAUGCAAAUCAAGGAAUGUUCUAAUUAUAUGUAUUGUGCAUAUGCUACGGGUGACGGACACACAAACUCUGAACUUGACGAAGGUCGUCUAAUCACGUUUACUGAAAAGGAAUUACGAUAUAUCAAUGAUAUUUCUCGAACCUGGAAUGCUAAUUGA